AUGGAGUUUCCUGAUCUAGGUGAACACUGCUCCCUCAAGGAAUGUCGUCAACUUGAUUUCCUGCCCAUCAAGUGCUCCUCCUGCAAGCAGAUUUUCUGCAGUAAUCACUUUCGCUUUGAAGCCCACCACUGUCCGGUGGCGAGUGAAGAGGAGCAGAAGAGUUCCGCCACCUCGCAGGACCCAGUCUGUCCGCUGUGCAACCGACCGGUGCCCAUCAAGGCGGGCGAAUCGGCCGACUACAAAGUCAGCGAACACAUCGACAAGAACUGCGCCUCCGAGGAGCGGGAGAAGGUGUUCAAGAACCGAUGCUCAGUGGGCGGUUGCAAACGACGCGAGCUGAUGCCCCUCACCU